UGUUUUAUUUUUCUCACAGCAAUGGCUUCUUACAUGGACCGGGAGUUCACAACUGGAUUCAUUGAUGUGUAUCGGGCCAGCGAAUGUCUGUGGAAGGUCCGUAGCAAGGAUUUUUCAAACAGACAGAAGAAGGAUCAGGCCUACAGACAAUUGGUGGAGUACAGCAAAGCCCAUAACAGUGAUGCUGAUCUACUUUGGGCGAAGAAGAAGAUAGCAAACUUGCGGACGGUGUUCAAGAAGGAACACACACGCGUGAUCGAGUCUCAACGUUCAGGAGCCGGAACUGAUGAUGUUUACCAGCCGACGCUAUGGUAUUAUGAACAGAUGAAAUUCCUUUUGGAGAGAGAGGCGAAAUUACAUGGACAGGGUAGCCUGGAUAAAGAGUCUCCUAAGACGCCAGAGGAAGAGGGGACCCUUAAUCCGGAAUCUACCCCGGAGGUAAUGAACACUUCCGCAACAGAGGCAACAGAACUGGAGCUCAGUGGUGAGGAGACAGCACCAUCUCGGUCGACAGCACCACCAAGGCGGAGACAAAAGAAUUCAUCAUUGAGUUCCGAUUCUGCAUCUUCCAGCACGGUUCAAUUUAUCCAGCGGGCAGAGGAAAUGCUUAAUAGGCCACCAGACUUCUAUCGUCAAUUUUCAAACACGAUAGAAUCUCAGAUACGUUUACCAUAG